UCUCUCUCUUGAACGCCCUUUUGGUCAUUUUCAGGAAUUCAGCUCCACUGCUCCACAGUCCACCUGCUCUCAUCUCCUAAUCUCUCCACUGGCCUCCAACACAACAACCGGCCUAUCUCGCUCAACUUCCUUGUCUUAUUCAAAUCCAUAUCAAACCAAAUACACGUAUUGUUGUCUCAAACUUUUCUUCUCAUCCGACAGCUCAACCACCCAAUUAAAGCCAAGAAAACCGACCAAACAUACAAUCCAUCUCUACCUUAAGAAAUUAAACCAAACUGCCACCCUUCAAACAUUCAUAUAUACAUUCAUGCAUUCAUCCUCCUCUUCCUUCCUGAUCAUCAAAGGGAACACAUUUCAAGAAAGAAAAACAAACGGUGCCGUACGUACGUGCGUACCCAUCAAUGGAGACGCGUGUAGAGUCCUCCCAAACAGCCUCAGCUCGCUCACUAUCGUCGUCGCCGUCAUCAUCUUCUUCUUUCAGUGCCAGUAUUGUUCCUCUGAUCUCUUACUCUCCAGUUCAGACGACCGAUGAUCAAGGAACGACCGUACCAGCUCACGAUGGGAGCCUUGGGUCGACCCAGUUGCUGCAAAAUGGAGAGGUGUCCAUGGCCGAGUCAGGCAUUGAAGGGCUGAGAUUCGUCAACGUCACGGGCAGCGGUGGGAUGGAGUGGAAGGAUGUGGACGAGCGGUUCGACCGGCUGGCCUUGACUAAGAAUGGCCCUGAACCGGUCGUGAACUGGUCAGAUUUCGGUUUCUGUAUAGGGAUGCAAGAAUCCCCAGAAUUUGGUAAUGAGGUAUUAAGGGCAGUAAGAGGAUUAAGGGAUUGGAAAAUUCAUAUCACAAAAUGCGAGCUUCACCAGUACUGGCGUCGCAUGGCGGACCCCUGCUUCGAUUCAAGAAUACGGAUUUUCUUUAACUUGUGUGAUAGAGACAUGGAUGGAUUAAUUACUGAGAUGGAUAUUAAGCAGACUAUUUUGUUAAGUGCAUCUACAAAUAAGUUGUGUUUGAGUCGUGAGGAAGCAGAAUACUGUGCCACUUUGAUCAUGGAACUGCUUGACACUGAAAACCUGCGUUACAUUGAGCUAUCACAAUUUGAGAAACUCUUCAAAGUAAGGUUAUCAAAAGGCUCAAAUAUUCCAAGCAAUUACGAAUUAUCAAUCACUGAUCAUCCUUCUCCUAAUUAUGAUGAUCAUAACGACCCAUUUGGAGAAGCAUUAAUCUCAAAAUCGGAAAUAUUAAUCCGAUCGUAUUGGCGAGGUGCAUGGAUAAUUGUGCUGUGGUUGGGCGUGUGCUUUGCGCUGUUUGGAUGGAAAUUCAGUGAAUACAGCCAUAGAACAGCUUUCCAAGUCAUGGGCUACUGCAUCUCCACUGCCAAGGGUGCUGCCGAAACCCUGAAGUUCAACAUGGCCCUCAUUCUCCUCCCCGUUUGCCGUAAUACAAUCACGUGGCUUCGCAAACAUCGCCGGAUCAACUCCGUUGUCCCAUUUAACGAUAAUAUCAACUUCCACAAGUUGAUUGCAGGAGGGAUAGUGGUAGGUGUGAUCCUACAUGGGGGCACCCACCUUGCUUGUGAUUUCCCAAGAAUUAGUAGGUCAGACCGGUCAAUAUUCCAGCGAACGAUUGCCGCCCGAUUCCAGUACCAUCAACCAUCAUACGUUGAGAUAUUGGCCACUACAGAGGCAGCAACAGGAAUUGCUAUGGUUGUGUUAAUGGCCAUUGCAUUUUCACUAGCAACAAAGUGGCCACGCCGGCGGUCGCCUUCGCUGCCGAGGUCUCUCCAAAGGGUCACCGGAUAUAACACCUUUUGGUACUCGCACCACUUGUUCAUUCUUGUCUAUGCAUUGCUUGUUAUUCACUCCCUCUUCCUCUUCCUAACCGACAAUCUAUUUGAGAAAACGACAUGGAUGUACAUUGCCAUUCCUGUUUUAUUAUAUACGGGGGAGCGGAUCUUUCGAGCCGUAAGAUCUGAGUUGGACGAGGCCAAAAUUUUCAAGGUAAGCUUUUAUCAAGGAAAAGUUAUGUCCCUCAAAUUGCAAAAACCAGGAGGUUUUAAGUACAAGAGUGGCAUGUACACAUUCAUUCAAUGCCCUCAAAUAUCACCUUUUGAAUGGCAUCCAUUCUCCUUAACUUCAGCACCAGAAGAUGAAUACCUUAGUGUGCAUAUUAGAACUCUUGGAGACUGGAGUUACCAAAUGUACAGCCAAUUCCAAGAGGCCAAAUUAUCUGGGACAAAGGAGUAUCCGAAAAUAUACAUAGAUGGACCCUAUGGUGCCGCCUCUCAAGACCAUGUGAAGUAUGAUAUUGUCGUGCUGAUAGGCCUUGGCAUAGGAGCCACACCUUUUAUGAGCAUCCUCAAAGAUGUGGCUAAUGGUCAGCAAAACCCACAUUGUGAUCGUAGUGGUUGCGGGGAUUGUAGCAUAAGAAAGGGUCCAUUAAAAGCCUAUCUUUAUUGGGUUACAAGAGAACAAAGCUCCUUUGAUUGGUUUAGAGAUGUGAUGAAGGAGAUAUCAAAAUCAAACAAAAAGCAGUCUGUAGUAGAGAUGCACAACUUCCUAACCAGUGUGUAUCAAGAAGGGGAUGUGCGAUCGGCUUUAAUAAUCGCAAUUCAAGCCUUAUACCACGCCAAGAACGGCAUUGAUAUUGUCUCCAAGACUCCGGUACAUACACAUUUUGGGCGACCAAACUGGUUCAGCAUUUUCUCAAAAUUGUCUCGUCAACAUAUAAGAGCAAAGAUUGGGGUUUUCUACUGUGGCCCAUCAGCAUUAGCAAGAGAGUUGGAGAGGUUAUGCACCAAAUUCUCCACCAAAACCUCUACUAGAUUUGUAUUUCAUAAGGAGAAUUAUUAGAUGUUUUCAUAACCACCCUAAUGCAUGAUUGCAUAUUGUACAAAUUCCACCAUUCAGAAGGGGCAUAAUCACCCCAUUAAAUGUGUAUAUUUAUGACACCGCGAUGCUCUCUCUCUCUCUCAUUUGCCAGAGAAACAUAAUUAUGUUUUUUAUAUAUAUAUAUAUAUAUUUUUUAAUUCAAA